UAUCAGAGGAGUCCCAGGAAAGUCAGCAGGGUAUGAAAACAGAUCCCUAAAAAUGAAAGUGCAGCCUGAAAGUCAGGAGUGUGGGAGGUGGAGGUGUGUGUGCUCUUCUGCUGAGGAGCCCUGGGCUCCGCAGAGCAGACAGGGGAGCUUUGUGCACCCUGAGCAGUGAGCCAGCUGCCCUCCUCUGUCCCUCGGGUGGCCUGCGCUCCAGCAGCAUGCAGGGGCUGCUCUUCACUCUCGUCCUGGCUGGCCUGGCACAGUUUUGCUGCAGGGCACAGGGCACUGGGCUGUUAGAUGUGACACCUGAAGGAAGGCCUGGAGAAGCAUCACAAGUGCAUCAGCGUAAGCAGUUUUGUCACUGGCCUUGCAAAUGUCCUUAUCAGAAGCCCAGUUGUCCCCCUGGAGUGAGCUUGGUGAGGGACGGCUGUGGAUGCUGUAAAAUCUGUGCCAAGCAACCGGGGGACAUCUGCAAUGAAGCUGACCUCUGUGACCCACACAAAGGGCUGUACUGUGACUACUCGGCAGACAGGCCAAGCUACGAGACCGGAGUGUGUGCAUACCUUAUAGCUGUUGGAUGUGAGUUCAACAGGAAGCAUUAUCAUAAUGGCCAAGUGUUUCAGCCCAAUCCCCUGUUCAGCUGCCUCUGUGUGAGUGGGGCCAUUGGCUGCACACCUCUGUUCAUACCAAAGCUGGCUGGCAGUCGCUGCUCUGCAACUAAAGGGGGAAAGAUGUCUCAUCAAUCAAACUGUGGCCUGGAACCACUACCAGGGCAGCUUUUGAGAAGCCACAAAGCAAUGCCAGCUUAUAGAAAUCUUCCACUCAUUUGGAAAAGAAAAUGUCUUGUGCAAGCAACAAAGUGGACUCCUUGUUCUAGAACAUGUGGGAUGGGAAUAUCUGAUAGGGUAACAAAUGAAAACAGCAACUGUGAAAUGAGGAAAGAGAAAAGACUGUGUUAUAUUCAGCCUUGCAACAGGAAUAUUUCAAAGAUAGUAAAGAUCCCCAAAGGAAAAACAUGUCAACCCACCUUCCAGCUCUCCAGAGCUGAAAAGUUUGUCUUUUCUGGAUGCUCGAGUACUCAGAGUUACAAACCCACUUUCUGUGGAAUAUGCUUGGAUAAGAGAUGCUGCAUCCCAAAUAAGUCUAAAAUGAUUACCAUUCAAUUUGAUUGCCCAAAUAACGGGUCAUUUAAAUGGAAGAUGCUGUGGAUUGUAUCUUGUGUAUGUCAAAGAAACUGCAGAGAACCUGGAGAUAUGUUUUCUGAACUUAAGAUUCUAUAAAGCCAAGCACAUGGGGGAACAGUCAAUCAUGUCAUAUAAUCAAAAAAAAUAGAGUGU